GGCCGCUGUCCCCGCCCGCCCCCGCCUCCAGCUCCGCCCGGGCGCUGGGAGCGGCGGCGGCGGCGGCGGCAACUUCCCUUCAAGUGUGGCUAUGCGACCCGGCUGAGCGCUGGCCCGGGAGGGGCGGGCAGGGCUAGCACCGCCACCACCGGCAGCAGGCACCGCCACCGCCGCAGCCCGGCAGCCGCCCGCCCGCCUCCCCAUCCCCGCUGCCCUCCCCCGGGCGGGGCGGGACCCGCGGCGGCCGUCCCAUGUCCCGCAAGGCCAGCGACAAUGUGGAGUACACGCUGCGGAGCCUGAGCAACCUGAUGGGCGAGAAGCGGCGGCGGCAGCAGGCGGAGGGGGCCGCCGGCUCGGCGGCGGCGGCGGCGGCUGCGGGCGAGCGGAGCCUGAUCGCCGCCGAGUCGUGCUCCAGCCUCAACAGCGCGGCGUCGGGCGCCGAGCUGGAGCGGGCGGCUCGGCGGCAGUUCCAGCAGGACGAGACCCCCGGCUUCGUCUACGUGGUGUCGGUCUUCUCCGCCCUGGGGGGCUUCCUUUUCGGCUACGACACCGGCGUGGUGUCGGGGGCCCUGCUGCUCCUCAAGCGGGAGCUCAACCUGGACGCCCUGUGGCAGGAGCUGCUCGUCUCCAGCACGGUGGGCGCCGCCGCUCUCUCCGCCCUGGCCGGCGGCGUCCUCAACGGGCUGUGCGGCCGCCGGCCCUGCAUCCUGCUGGCCAGCGGCCUCUUCACGGCGGGGGCCGGCGUGCUGGCAGCCGCCCGCGACAAGGAGACCCUGCUGGGGGGACGAGUGGUGGUGGGACUGGGCAUCGGUGUAGCAUCUAUGACAGUGCCCGUGUACAUCGCAGAAGUUGCUCCUCCACACUUAAGAGGCAGAUUAGUCACCAUUAACACUCUGUUCAUCACCGGAGGGCAAUUUUUCGCAAGUGUCGUGGACGGAAUCUUCAGCUACCUCGCGAAGGACGGAUGGAGGUACAUGCUGGGGCUUUCAGCUGUGCCGGCAGUUAUACAGUUUUUUGGUUUCCUGUUUCUUCCUGAAAGUCCCCGAUGGUUGAUACAGAAAGGCCAGACUCAGAGGGCACGGAGGAUUCUGUCUCAGAUGCGUGGCAACCAGGCAAUCGAUGAGGAGUAUGACAGCAUCAAAAACAACAUUGAAGAAGAAGAAAAAGAAGUUGGAGCAGCUGGACCUGUGAUCUGCAGAAUGCUAACAUACCCUCCAACUCGAAGAGCCUUAAUUGUGGGUUGUGGUCUGCAGAUGUUUCAACAGCUGUCAGGGAUUAACACCGUCAUGUACUAUAGUGCUACCAUUUUGCAGAUGUCGGGAGUUCAAGACGACAGGCUGGCGAUCUGGCUGGCCGCCCUCACAGCCUUUAUAAACUUCAUUUUCACUCUCGUGGGAGUCUGGCUUGUUGAAAGGAUGGGUCGCCGGAAACUCACACUUGGCAGCUUAACAGGUACUGCUGUAGCACUCAUUAUCCUAGCUUCGGGAUUUUUGCUAUCAGCUCAGGUCUCGCCGAGAGUCACGCUUAAUCCACCAGAUCCUUCACAUCAAAACUCUACCUGCACAAAAUACAGUUAUUGUAAUGGAUGUAUGUUAGAUCCAGACUGUGGUCUCUGCUACAAAUUGAAUAAAUCAAGUGUUGUCGAGUCCUCGUGCAUCCCUGUUGAUAAAGAUUCUACAAUGAAAGCAGCUUGGGGCAGGUGUUCAAAUGAAACUGUAUUCAAAAAGGAAGAUUUGUUUUGGGCAUACAAUUUCUGCCCCACUCCAUACUCUUGGACUGCACUUCUGGGCCUUAUUUUGUACUUGAUUUUCUUUGCACCUGGGAUGGGUCCCAUGCCCUGGACUGUCAAUUCUGAAAUCUACCCACUUUGGGCUAGAAGUACAGGAAACGCAUGUUCAUCUGGAGUCAACUGGGUUUUCAACGUGCUCGUGUCACUGACCUUUCUGCAUACAGCUGAAUAUCUGACAUACUAUGGAGCCUUCUUCCUCUAUGCAGGGUUUGCCGGCUUGGGACUCGUUUUCAUCUAUGGCUGCCUUCCUGAGACUAAAGGGAAAAAACUAGAGGAAAUUGAAUCGUUGUUUGAAAACAGGCUAUGUACAUGUGGUAUGUCAGAUUCUGAUGAAGGGAGGUAUAUUGAGUAUAUUCGGGUGAAGGGAAGUAAUUACCAUCUUUCUGACAAUGAUGCUUCUGAUGUGGAAUAAUUUUCAGCUGCUGAUGUAUUUAAUCAUUUAAAAGCCUUCUGGGGGAAAAGCAGCUCUCUGGUGACCUCACUGCCCUGCUUCUGGUCUGGUUCUCCUUUCUACUGUCUAGUUAAAAAUGCCUUCAUGUUCAAAAAUGCUCCAUUUGGGAGGAAAUCAAUAUGCUCAUGUUUUCUUGAUAACAAAAAGCAAUGGCUUCCAAAAGAGACUAAAUUCCACGAUUAUAUAAAUCAACCAGGUGUGUGCAAUCCCACACCAUCACAAGGUAUUUUGUACAGUGCACUGUACCAGGUGAAUACAGAAGGCUAUAUAGGUGAUCAGUGGUCGUCCUUAUCUUCAAUACUGACAAAAAUUAAAAUAAUGCAGUAACUAAUCAGAAAGCAGCCGACAUCUGUCCAAUCCCCAUCCCAUAGCAGCCUAGCAAAUAGCUCUGCUAUGUAACGCAACGAACGAUGCUGCUGUAAUGGUAACCAUUUAAAAGGUUUAUCUGAUCAUGAAACUACGAAUAUCUGAUGUGUCUAUCAGAGGGAACAUUGCCCAAAUUUACCCCGACAGAAUUGCGUUUGUGUUUACUUGAGAUAACGAGUAGAGAGCCAUAGUCACCUAGGUGGUGUCUAACUAGGGUGGCAUUGAGGCUGUGUUAUCCCAGGCCGUCCGGCCACUGCUGCUCUUUGAGGACACACUACGAUCAGUAGUUGGUGUUUGUGAGAUACACUGCCAAAAAUAACAUCCUGGUAGCAGGAAAACAGAACUAAGCAUGUGGCCGCAUGUAGAAAUGAGCUGGUGCAUAUUGCUAUGGACAACACAGAGGCUGCAGUUAGUUGGAAAUGAAUGAUUUUUGUUUUACUUUUUCGCAUUUGAACAUUUGGGUUUGUGCCUAGGUUUGAACACAAAAUAUCAUGAGCUAAAAGAAAUAAAAGGAGGGGAGAGGUUUUCUGCUGCAAAAUGCACAGUGGUCAUCCCUCCUGUGCUUUUUGCUCAUGAAUAAUCAUAUUGCCUUCAGUUUAUCUUCAUGUAUGCAGAGUAAGUGAAUCCCAGCACAUUUUUCCUUCAAAUGCCCUUAGUCAACCAGUGUCUUGCAGGAUCUAAAGAAAAAUAUUCGUGUUGGGCAGAAGCCUACAUCUCAUAUUAAUUGCCUUACUGAAGCAUUGCAAAACUGUCAAGAAAAUGUCAGGCACAAAAAUCAACUUGGCUGCCUUUAGCAUGGUAAUGAAAAUAUUAAUGGCAUUUUAUUCACCUGCCAUGAUUGCUUGCCUUGGCAAAUUGAAUUUUAUGCAGCUACAUAAAAAUAUUGGUUUUUUCCUUCUCCUGUUUCCUUUCACUGUUUUAAUUCUUCAGAGAUAUGAGUUUGAAAGCAUCGAAAACUCAAUUUUUUAUCUUUGAAACAUUUGCUUCAUGAAAGAAUGUGGAAAGCCUCCUCUGCCUGUGGGCUGCUCCCCAUUUAUUUGGUAAAAAUACCUUUAUUUUUAUUUUUUUAAAGAUUAAAUUGUUGGGUUCGCUAGCUUUUAUAAAUAUGUUUUGUGCACUUUUUAGGGUUGAAAAAUAUUUUGAGGGUAGGAGUACUGUCAAAAUGAAACUGGACAUUUGUUACUAAGUUAUUUUUAUUGGGUAAUAUGUGGGGUUUCAUUGUAAUGACGAAGUCUGACACUACGCUAUCUGAUCUUAUACGGGGGGGUUUCUUACUCGAAUUAUUGAACUCCAGUGAUUGGAUAUAUUUUAGGUUUAUUUCUUUUUUACUUUGUUUAUCACAGAAGUAUUUUUAGAAAGAGAACAUUUUAGAGCAUCCUUCUGUAACUUGACUGGGAAUAAAAGGGGAAAGCAUAGCAGGCAGAGGGAACUGCAAAUGAGUUGUUGCGAGGAGCUGACUGACCUUGAACCUCCCUCCCCUUGGCGGCAAGGGGGCUGCACUUCGAAGCCCUCGAUCUUCCCUCUCCCGUAAGCGCACAGUGCUUCGCGCCUUGUACGCACUCUUCAGAGCCUCCACCAAAGGUGCAGUACCUAACAUGAGAAAAGGGAUGCUUGGCACAGACAAAAA